UUGGAAAAGCUUUGCUGAGAGAUCACGUUGUGCAGCUGAAAAGUGGAAGCCUGGGGGAACCUUGGGGUAGGGGAACUUUGCAGCCAUCGUUCCUGUUCAGCUUCCUUCCAACUCGAGUGCCCGCUCCCUGCUUGUUGUUUCACACUCAUUUAAACCAACAGGAUUAAAGCAUCACCGAUAAGGGUAAAAAGAACAGAUGGACCUACAGCUAAAGUGACGUUUCCACUAAGACGGGGAGGUCUCUGGGAAGAGGGUGAGGGGCGGGGGUACGCCUGGCUCGGGGUCGGAGAGAAAUAAAAACAUGGAAGUUGUGAGGAGCGGGCGCUGUCCACUUAUCUGCUGGUGCUGAACUCUGGCCCCUCGUCAGCUCCAGCCGCGGCUCUAGGGAGAGAGGAGGGAGAAGCGGACUCGGCGCUGGACAUUUAUUCUGCUUCAAGCGGUAGAAUUGACCGACAUGAUCCAUUGGAGCUAAUACAACCACCCCAGGCUGCGCUGGAAAAUCUUUUAUCACUUGUCCGUGGGAAUUUUAUAUUGAUCUUUUGCUUUUUAUCCUGGAUUAAUUUGUUGGCCGUUUUAUAAACACUUUGGAUAUAACAAGACUUUUUUUUAUACUGGUGAGGGCAUUGUGUGAUAGGUAAAGAUGCUGAGUUGGCAGUCGGUGGCUUUGUGCAUGGGCUGCUUUGUUCUUUUAACUGAAGGAAGACCAGCAAAAGAAGAAUAUUCUCUAAAACCAUUUCCACCAUUUCUAAGGCUACGACACAAGCAAGACAGAUAUCCCGAGAGCACAAGAAACAAAGGGUUCUUCGGCCACGAAGAAAGACAUUUUGGAACUUGUGAAAAUAGAUACUGCGGACUUGGGAAGCACUGUGUGGUUAACAGGGAGACUGGACAAGCAGAGUGCACAUGUAUGGAACACUGCAAGCCUCAUUUCAAACCUGUCUGUGGUUCUGAUGGAGAAUUUUAUCAAAAUCACUGUGAAGUACAUAGAGCAGCUUGCCUAAAAAGGCAGAAGAUCUUCAUGGUUCACAAUGAAGACUGCUUUUUUAAAGGUGACAGAUGCAAAGCAACAGAAUACAGCAAGAUGAAGAAUACAUUACUGGAUAUACAGAACCAGAAAUAUGUGAGAAAAGAAAAUGACUGGAACAGUGAAGAUAAAAUGGGACUAAAAAAAUUGUUGGUGGACCAGAUGUUUAAAUACUUUGAUGGUGAUAACAAUGGACUUGUGGAUAGUAAUGAAUUAUCGCAGGUAAUAAAACAGGAUGGACUUGCCAAAGUACUGCAUGAAUGUUCACUGCUUGACCUAAUUAAAAACGAUGAUUACAAUGGUGAUAAACAUCUUGCUCUAGAUGAUUUCUACAGAGCAUUUCAAAUUGUUCAACUGAGCCUUCCUGAAGAUCAGCUGAUCAGAGUCACAACGGUAACAGUCGGACAAAGCAUCGUCUUAAUCUGCGCCAUCCAAGGAAAUCUAAGGCCUCCCAUUAUUUGGAAACGUAACAAUGUGAUUCUCAACAAUUUGGAUUUAGAAGAUAUCAGUGAUUUUGGAGAUGAUGGAUCUUUAUACAUUACUAAGGCUACCACAACCCACAUGGGAAAUUACAGCUGCCAUGCUGAUGGCUAUGAUAAGCUUUAUCAGAUUCAUAUUCUCCAAGUGAAUGUGCCACCUGUUAUUCGAGUCUAUCCAGAAAGUCAAGCCAGAGAACCAGGGGUGACUGCCAGCCUUAGAUGCCACGCGGAUGGAAUACCCAAACCACAGCUCAGUUGGCUAAAAAAUGGAAUUGACAUAACUCCAAAAUUAUCCAAACAGCUAACAUUACAAGCAAAUGGCAGCGAAGUUCACAUAAGUAAUGUGCGCUAUGAAGACACUGGUGCCUACACAUGCAUUGCAAAGAAUGAAGCUGGUGUGGAUGAAGAUAUUUCUUCUCUGUUUGUGGAGGACUCUGCUAGAAAGACACUUUCCAAUAUAUUGUGGCGAAAAGAAGGUUUCGGGAUUGAAAACUUAUUUUAUGUAUUCAAUAGCGAUGGUAUCAAAGUGAUCCAGCCUAUAGAAUGUGAAUACCAGAGGCACAUUAAAGCCAGUGAAAAAAUAUUUGGUACACAGGGUGAAGUCUGUCCCAAACUUGAUGGACAAGAAACUCAGAAGUGUCAAUGGGCAUCUGCAGUCAGUGUCAAAGAUAAGUUUAUAUAUGCAGCACAGCCUCAUCUGAACAGGGUGGUUCUCGUUGAUGUACAGACACAAAAAGUUGUACAGAUAGUAAGCACUGACCCUUUUCCUGUGAAACUGCACUAUGAUAAGUCACAUGACCAGGUCUGGGUUCUGAGCUGGGGAAACAUGAAUAAAUCAACUGCCACAUUACAGGUUAUUACGCAAGCCAGUGGAAGUGUUUCACAUCAUACUAUUCAUACACAGCCAGUUGGAAAGCAGUUUGACAGAGUUGAUGAUUUUUUCAUUCCUGACACCACCCUCAUUAUCAGUCACAUCAGAUACGGAUUUAUUCUCCACAAAGAUGAGCCGGCUCUUUUAAAAAUCGAUUUGGAAACAAUGUCAUACAUCAAGACAUUAAGCUUAAAGGACUAUAACUGCAUUCCUCAGUCUCUUGCCUACACUCCAUUUGGGGGUUAUUAUUUUAUCCAAUGUAAACCUGAUAGCACUGGAGCUAUUGUUCCUCAAGUCAUAGUGGAUAGUGUGACAGAUUCUGUAAUUGGAUAUAAUAAAGAUGUCACUGGUGCCCCUUAUAUCUCUCCAGAUGGUCACUAUCUUGUCAGCAUUGAUGAUGUCAAAGGACUGAUGAAAGUUCAGAUCAUCUCAAUUCAAGGAGAGAUUCAGGAAUUAUUCGACAUUCACACUAAUUUACAUAUAUCUGAUGUAGCUUUUCAAUCAUCAUUUCUAGAAGCUCACCAGUACAAUGUCUAUGCAAGCUCCAGUACCCAAACUGAUGUCCUCUAUGUUGAGCUGUCAUCUGGAAAGGUUAAAAUGGUAAAAAGCCUAAAAGAACCAUUGAAGUUAGAAGAGUGGCCUUGGAACUCUAAAAAUAGGAUUAUCCAGGAGAGUGGCCUCUUCGGACAAUACUUGAUGACACCUUCCAAGGAAUCUCUGUUUAUCUUAGAUGGACGACUCAACAAAUUAAACUGUGAGAUAACUGAAGUUGAGAAAGGCAACACAAUUGUUUGGGUUGGAGAACCAUAGAAACUAACUGUAAUUAAGAUACAAUAAAGACACAAUUUUUUUUCUUUUCUUUUUUCCUUGUAAAGUUUUUUUUAGAGCUUUAAGCUUUAAACAUCAUUCAUGCAGUCUAAAUAAUUUUCCAACAAAUAGCAAUCUUCAUUAUAUAGAUAAAUAGGUAUGUUUAAUAAAAAAGGGGUUUCAUAAAAAGUAGUUAGGAUUCAUACUGAAAAUGAAUAACUGCAGCAACUUUUUAUAGCUUUCAAAUAAUCAUGUGUGAGCAAAAAAGCAAGAAAAGAAAAUGAGCUACCGAUUUUAACUAAAGUUCCUUUAUUAAAAGUACAGUAUAUCUUUGCUUGAAAGAACAAAUAUGUCUGUCCUGAGGUCUUGAAACACUUUGUCAAUCUUGCCACCAGUUAAUUUGUGCCUUUGGUGGAAUAUUUUGUAUGAAGCAUAAAAUCAUAACAACAUGUUUAAUUCAGUACUACUGGGACUAUCCAUUGUUGAGGGAAGAAGCGUUUCUAAUUUCUGUCAAGAUUUUGUACAAUUGUACAAUAUUUGUUAUACCUACAAUUCUUCUGUUCAUCCUGUGAAGUUUGUUUAGAAAGUUUUCAUCUGCUUCUUGAACAAUUUUUCAUGUAGAUUACAUUAGAUGCAGAAAACGGUAUUUAUAACAGACAUGCACAUUUUUCAACAACAUCUUUUAUGUAAAAAAAAUAUGGGGUGUUUCAUAUCAAAAAAUAUUUUCAGCUACUGGGAAUUGAAAUGAUUUUCCAUUAUUAAUCAUUAGUCAAAUAUAUACAAUGUACAAAUGAACUCAAAUGAUCUGCCACCUAAAAUAUAACAUUAUCCAUGCCAUUAUUUUAUAUGUAGAAUUAAAGAUAAUCAAAAUGGGAGAAAUUAUAAUUACUGCUAAAGUAAUAGCUCUUUGUCGUGGGAAGAUCAACCAAAACCCAUGCUCUGUUUUGAAUGUCAUGUUUUCUAGAUUUGAGCAGAAUUCAUUGUAAACUUUACAUUUAUCACCCAUGUUGAAUGAGAUUACAAAUAUGUUAUUAAUGGUUUGCAAAAUGUUGCUCUUUAAUCAAUAAAUCAAGCUAAACCUAAUGCAGAAAACAUGAACAAUUGGGAUACCAUUUUAAAGAAUGCAAUAUUUCUUGCACAUGGUAUGAAAUAUACUGGUAUUGGGGAGGAAGCUACUGUACAUUACAUAGUCUGUAAUAGAAUCAAUACCGGUAGAGUACAAACCUACAUGGGAUUAGAAACUUGCAGGAUUAGGAACAUUUUUAUACCACUUAAUAUACCCUUUAUCAGUUUAAGGUUUAGAGAGCAUUUUUGUGAUAUAAACGGCUAAAUAAACUAGAAUGUAUGAUUAUAUAGAUUAUAUAAUUCACAGAAUAUUUUAGAUUUAAGUACCAUAAUAGGAAGGUAAGUGAUAUAUAUUUCCUUAACCUGAGGGCAUUAAUGGAAUCAAUUGAAUUUAGAAUUAAAAAAAACAUGUAUCCUUUCCUGGUUCCCUUACAAGCAUCUCCAAUGCAAAAUAAACUGUGUAAUAUUUGUUUUAAUUGUGUUACUUGACUAGUCUGUCACUUUUACAUUGUUGUUCUACUACUGACACCAUGUUGAUGUUCUGUAUGUAGCAAAUGCUUGAAAGAAAAUAAACCCUUAUGUUUUAA